AAUUACACCGGGACCAUUUUUUAUCUGUGAAAUUGCGGGAUUACGUACCGUAGAAUUUUCAUUUUAGACGAUUGUAUGAAGUGGUGUUUUGUUUUAUUUGUCGAAUGUACAUUAGUGCUUCAAGGUCGACGAUGAAGAUGAUGACGCAUUUGCGCAAAAUAAUCGAUACUGUUAAAGAUUAAAUGGUUGCAUAAGUAAGGAAACAAAUUUACCCGCCUAAAACCAGAGAGUUUACUGCAAAUUUAUAAGUUGCUUGAAGAUUAUGGACAGUAAAAUACAAAAUCGGUAUUUCCUAGCAUCAGAGUUACAGUUACAUAUAUGCUUAAUUGACUGUAUAAUAUAUUGCUCAUAUUUGUUAUAAAGUACGAAAUGCCCUUCGAUUUAUUAGUGUGUAGAGCAUCUAUGGUGUGAUGGUCGAUGGUAUGAAAUGCUUCAAAAACUGUCAAACGAUAAGAUAACCUCAAAUCUGUGAAUUAAAAAUUUAAAUACUAAAAGAAAUCUAAAAACUAGAGUUAACAGGACAAACAGUAUGUAAAAAGUAAAAAAUAUAACCUCUCAAUUAUCACUGUUAGGUAAGGCUUAAUGUUUUCUAAAAGAAAAUGGAUGCCUCAACUUUUGUAAACUUCUUGCGAAGACAAAAAUUUAAUGAUGAAGGAGUCUCUUCAAUAACCUCUCAAGAGCAGAUGAAAGUAGAAGAGCAUAUAUUUAGUAUAUACAGAGAUUUUAGUUUACGUUAUGAAUUAGACAAAAGUUUACCUAAAUUAUUAAAAUGGGAACAUGCAAAAUUUUUAAUAACCAGUUUAUCAAAUUUACCUGGAACAUAUGAAUGCUUAGAUGCUAGUCGAACUUGGAUGUGUUAUUGGAUAUUACAUGCACUAAGUCUUUUGAAUAUUAAGUUGCCUGAAGAUAUCAAAGAUGCUGUGAUUGAAUUCCUAAAAAAAUGUCAACAACCUGAUGGUGGUUUUGGAGGAGGACCAGGUCAAUAUUCUCAUCUUGCUACAACAUAUGCUGCUGUAAACAGCUUGUGUAUAAUAGGAAGCCAAAAAGCAUAUGAUGCCAUUGAUCGUGAAGCUUUGCAAAAGUUUAUUUGGGACUUGAAAUCACCUGAUGGUUCCUUUAGGAUGCAUAGAAAUGGAGAAGUAGAUGUGAGAGGUGCUUAUUGUGCAAUUUCUGUAGCAACACUGACAAAUAUCCAUACCAAGGAAUUAUUUGAAAAGACUGCAAAUUGGAUUGUAAGUUGUCAGACAUAUGAAGGUGGUUUUUCUGGAUAUCCUGGAACUGAAGCACAUGGUGGAUAUACAUUUUGUGGUAUAGCAAGUCUAAUAUUACUAAAUAAAGGCUGCCUUUGUGAUUCAUCGGCACUUUUGAGGUGGCUAGUAAAUAAGCAAAUGAAAUUAGAAGGAGGAUUUCAAGGGAGAACAAAUAAAUUGGUUGAUGGCUGUUACUCUUUUUGGCAAGGAGCAAUAUUCUCAUUAGUGAACGUUUUAAUCAAUAAAAAUAAUGUGUAUCAUUCAUGUCUCCUGUUAAGUGAAGAAGCUUUACAGAGAUACAUAUUGGUAUGUUGUCAGCAUAGUGGGGGUGGUCUUUUGGAUAAACCUGGAAAACCGAGAGAUAUUUAUCACACCUGUUAUACCUUAAGUGGUCUUUCAGUUGCCCAACAUUCAAAAAGGGAAGCAAAUAUUGUAGGAUCCUCAGAAAAUGAACUAGCUGAAACUCAUCCACUGUAUAAUAUUACCCCUGAUAUGGUUUUAAAAGCUUUGACUUAUUUUGGACAACUUGAAAUACCAAAUACAAAAUCAAACUUGUGACACUUGCUUGCAAAAAUGAGUUGUGCAAACUUUAAUUAUUUUAUUAAAUAUGUAUAUUAGUCCUUCGUAAAAUCAUUCUUGAUCUAGACAUUUAAAGGUGUUGAAUAUACAUUUAAGAAAUAA